AUGAAUUGCUUGUUCAAAAUCGGCAAACACUGUUUUUGGACUAAAAUAAAAGUUGCAUAUUUACUAAUUAAAACUCUAGUUUGCGGCGUUGGGAAAGUGGCGUCCCUAUCGUCCAGUGCCCUUCAUUGGGAAUCGAACAACAACAAGCCUCGGACUAGAUUGGGAAAAAAGACUGGAAAUUGGAUAUCGGAAUUAAAAUGUGGUACAUGGAAUAUACGAACACUAUAUAAACCUGGAGCAACUGUGAAAUUAGUAGGAGAGAUAGAGAGAUAUAAAAUGAAAUGCGUGGCACUACAAGAGGUAAGAAUGGAAGAGGAGGGUACAACAAAGAUAUCACAAACAACAAUCAUAAAUGGAAGAAGUGAACGAGGUCACAAACUAGGGACUGGUUUCGCUGUGCAUGAGUCGAUCAUACAUAUGAUUAAAGAGUUCAAAGAUGUAAACCCGAGAAUCUCAACAUUGACCCUGAAGGAUAAAAACAUUCACGUAGUAUUAAUCAACGUACAUGCACCGACGGAGGAUAAAGAUGAGGAAAUUAAAGAGGAGUUCUAUGAUACAUUAGAGGAGGUAGUUGAUAAUACGGUGGGAAAUAUAAAAAUUGUACUGGGCGAUCUUAAUGCAAAAAUAGGAAAGGAAAGGAUAUACCAUAACGUGGCAGGAGUGCACAGCCUUCAUGAACACUCGAAUGAUAAUGGUUCAAGACUGGCGAAUUUUGCAUUAGGAAAAGGUUUAAUAAUCAAGAGUACAAUGUUCCUACCCAAAGAUAUAUAUAAAUAUACUUGGGUGUCACCGGAUGGGAGGCACAAGAACCAGAUAGAUCAUGUACUGAUCAAUAAUAGGUUCAGAAAUAGUAUAACUAAUGUAAGAACAUUAAGAGGAGCCGAUGCAGACUCCGACCACCUGCUAGUAGGUAUUUGGAUAAGAAUUAAGUUCAAGAAACAAUACAGACAUAAAUUAAAUACAGUAGAAACCGUUUAUAAUGACAUUCAAGGGACUAGUCAAAAGUGGUCAUAA